AUUGUCUUCUGCUGUACCUUUGACCCCGCACCAAUGCACAGCUGACAUGUGUACUUGUUACUACGCAGAGAAAUACUUCGGUCCCAUGCGUUUCGAUUCAUGUAGAGUCAACUUGCAACUUUAAGAACGCUAUUGAAUUCAAGUAAUGUUUUCGAAGUUUUAAAAGCUAGAAAAUUGGAAUUGAGCUUGCCUACACAGAGCACAUUCCUGCCAGCCUUGUGUGAACAAACAACGCCAUUAUUUUACCCGGUGAUAUGGUAUCAGGCACCAAGAGCUCAUUUUCAUCAAGGGGAUGAAGCACUGCCCUAAGAGAAUCAUUUGCCAUUAGAACAGAGACCAUGGUGAAGAAGAGAAGUAUUGCCUACUUCCUAUGGUUAGUAGGUGGUUGGUUUGGACUUCAUCAUUUCUACCUUGGAAGGGACAGACAUGCAUUUGUUUGGUGGUGCACAUUAGGUGGAUUCUUUGGACUUGGAUGGCUCCGAGAUCUCUUCUGUAUUGGGCGUUAUGUUGAUACAGCAAACGAUGAACCAUCUUAUGUUGAAUACUACACAGAGCUCUUAAGAAAGGGCAGGUAUCCAUCUUUCAGUAUAUCCAGAUUUGCGGGUCAACUUUUUGUCAGCGCAUUCUUUGGAUUGCUUGCAACCUCUGCAGUACCUAACGAUGUCGCAGAUGUUUUCCCCAUCCUGCGACCACUUCUUGCCCCAUUUGCUGUAGCCCUAGGAGUGCAUUUGGUUGGAAACAUUGGCAGAGAGGAAGGGUCAUUGAAAAAUGCUCUUAUUGGAGCAUAUAUACCAGGUAUUCUUCUGUAUGCUGACCCCAAUAAUAUAGUGUAUCUAUCAAUAUGCAGUGCUGUUUACUUCAGGAAAAGUGUUGCCUAUAGGCGGACACCAGAAAGAUGGAAAACAGAAGACAUAUGUGAAAGGAUAGUUAUCUUAGGAUUAGCUGGAGCUUUAGUGUGUACUGCUUGGGGCUGUGCUAUAUAUUACAACAUGUCUGUGACCACUGCCGAAGGAGAGACCAUCUAUGUAAAGGAUGCCCUCACACAUUUCUUUGAGUCACCUGCCUGGAAGGACUUCAAGGAAGUGAUUGGACAAAUCUGGAAGUUGAUUCAGGAGCGAGGUUGGAAGGAGGCUUAUAAUGAGUUUGUUGAAGCCUUGGAUCCGGAAGGAGAAGCUGCUGCUCAUAAGACUUUAGAGUUAGAGGAAGGAGCAAGCCAAGAAGAAAUCACUCAGCGAUAUCGUAAACUAGUGCGUAAAUGGCAUCCUGAUAAACACAAAGGUGAGAAGAAGGAAGAAGCUUCUAUUCGUUUUAUGGAGAUACAGGAAGCUUAUGAGAGACUGUCAACCAUCAACGCUCGCAGGGCUAGUCAUAGGAAAGAACAUAGCUUUGAAGACGAACCAAGAAGGUAUUAAAGAUUAACAGAGAAAGCAUUCAAAAUUAGUGAAAGGAAAACAUCUGAAGGAAAGCUCAAAGGAAUGCAAUAUUAAAAAAAAAAAAAAUUCAUUCUAUCAUUGAGCUUACCAAACAAAUAAAUAGCUGUGCCUUUAAAGAAUGAAUGAACCAAUGGGGUUUGAUGAAUUCAAAAUAGAUCCACGAAUUCAGGAAUUUUGAACAUGAAAAGAAAAUCAUGUAUAAUGAUGAUGACAUAACUGGUAUCAUCAUCAUGUAUAGAUUUUUAAUUUGAUGUAAUUUUCUAAAUGUUGUAAAUUAUCAGUCUUGAAGGUUUUCUUCAAAACUUGUUAUGCAAUAUGCCACUUUCGUAUAAAAUUGCUAUGUUUCAAUGUUUACAGUACGAGUAAGUAUAAUUAUAUAUUUUAUGUGUGAUAGUACUGCUCAUAUUAAUAAUUCCAUUGUGAUGAAAUAUUGUAUAAAUAAUUUGUGAUCUUUAGUUAUUAUAUUUCAUUUUUUGAAUUAAUAAGUUUCUAGUGCUUUUAUUACAUGUAUAUUUUGCCAAGAAACAUUCCAAAAAGUCAAUGUAUCAAUGCAUUGUCUAUCAGAAUAUUCAUAGUUAUGCAUAGGCAGGGAAAGGUUCUUUAAAAAAAAAGAUUGCAUUUUUACGAGGAUAAGUCACUCUAAUCAAGGUGAUUGUUGGGUAAAUAACUGAAAAUGAAAACAAAUAAAUUCCUGUCUUGAAUAUUUUAUAGAUUACGAGUUAAUCUUAUAUUAAGUUGCUGUGCUAUCACCAAGCUCAGUUUAUGAACUUUAUGCUUACUACUUCCAUCUUUUGGAUGUCUGUCGUUUAAUUGCAUGAUUUGACCCAGCCAAACAUAAACUCUUUUAUGGCGUCUGAUCAUUCUAGGUUUGUUCAUGAAAUUGGGAGCCAUAUUUAUGAUCCUCAUAUGAAGUUAGUGGCUCAUUUCAGCCUUCCUUUAAAAGUUUCUUUUUAAUUUAGAUCAAUAACAUGUAUGUUUCACUGCAUGUGUGAUACAACCACAUUUUAGUUUCAGAUGGAUACACCCCCAACACCCCCCCCCCCCUGACUCUUCAUGGGCAGAUCAAGUACAGGCAGUAUAAAACAUGGUCUACUUGGUGUAAACUUGCUGAAUGACACACUUGACAAAUUAUCACAGUGGGUUUUAACCAAAAAAAAGGUCAUCUGAUAACCCUGAUUCAUUUAGCUUGUUAGAUGCUAUCAUUUAUAGGCCACCCAAAUGAUGGAAAUUGAUUAGUUAUUAAAAGAGCACAUUAAUUGUUCCAGCAUUAUUAUUGAUAAAAAUUUAAUUAAAGGGGCUACAGUAUUUGAUGGCAGAGAAGAAAUCAAGGCUAUGAGAGAACAAAUAAACAACGUCUUGAUUAUAAAAAAAAAACCAUGAUUGUAUGUAUGAUUUGCCAAAGACCUGUUACUUUAUAUUAUGAAUAUGAUUAUAAUGCAUUUCUACCUCCUUGUAAAAAAUAAUAAGCUUUUAGAUAUUUAAACAAGAAGAAGAAACCAAUCCUCCAUGUUGUUACUGGUUUAGUACAGGAAAGUGCCCAAUGUGAUAGUAUCAUAUUCAACCCCAGGGGGGGGGGGGCACUUCCAUUGACGAGUGGAUACCAUGCGUGUCCAUGGGGUUUCGGAAAGCACCCUAAACAAGUAUUUGCAAUGUUCUAAAAUUACACCCUUGACAAGUAUCUCCUUAAUUUGACCCCCUAAACAAAUACAGCAAUAUUUUAAUUAUGUCACGGACAUGAUCACAUACGUAGGCUUUACCUCGGGUUUAGUAACGCCCCACCUCCCACACCUCGGUCAAUGCAAAUCGGACACUAAAUACGUAGUGUUGGGGAAAAAAGUACAUCCUUUACAAAGCAUGUUAGUCUUUUUAUACCCACUCACUUAGACCGUAAACACAGCUUUCCUUGCAAAAUAUAUACCUUUGGUCAGUAUUUUGGGAUUUUGACACCCUUAUUACGUAACGUGCCCAAUCUUCAAAAAGAGAUCCUUUUUACACAUUUCUUUGAACACACAUGAUAUCCACUUGUCAAUGGAAGUGCCCCCCCCCCCCCCCAUAUUCAACAUGUACAUUUAUUAUGUAGAGGGUGUGUGUGUGUCCAGGGUAUUAUAUUCAAAGUAGAUAUAGCAAGAAGGAAAUCAUAGCAUGACAAUCAGUUUAUUAAGAAAAAUUAGGGUGUCAUACUGGAACAUUUUAGCUAGUAUAUGCCAUCAUACAUAGGCUAUUACAAGCCAUUUCCAUUCGAGAAUUUGUGAAACAAAUUAUUUUAUUUAUUUGAUAUACAUAGUACUACUCUGAUAUUCAAGAUUUUAUUCUAAUCCUAUGCAUAACAAAGGUGGAAAAAUUUUCAUGCCAUUUGUAUCACGUUUCUGUAUUUCAGUACUUUUUCAUAAUGGGGGCUCAUAUUACCCCCAAAAAAGAGAAAGAAAAUAAUAUGAAAUGUUUUAAUUCUGUGAAAAAUGGGAUUUUGGAAUCAAGCUACAUUAAAAAAAAAAGGAAAUUAAUUCUAAUAAUAGUCACUCUGAAGUAGUUUUUAUAAGCAAACAAAACUGCAUGUAAGUCUGCAUAACUCUAUAUUUUCAUUGUCCAAAAAAAAAUGUCAGUAAAGGUCAUUUGUGUUAGCUUUCAUAGGAAUGGAUUAUUACAUGUAUUUGCUGAUCCCAGAAUUUGUACAUUUACCUGUAAUAGAGACUUCUUUUGGGAUAAGCAAACUUAUUAUACCAGCCAUAAAUUCUUUGGCCAAGUGUAGCUCAAUCUCGGGCAACAAUGUCAGGCCAGGGAAGGUGAGAUGACUUUGCCAUAAAGUUGGUUUCCAGUGGCAUUACAAUAUGUCAUGCCACUCGAAACUAACUUAUGGUAAAGUGAAAGUCAUCUCACUUUCCCUGGCCCGACAUUGAGCUAAGCUUGGGUAAUCUCUGCUGGUCACAAAUCAUCUUCUACUCUGGGUGAUUUGCAUCCGAAUGGAUUCAAAUUCUCUUUAAAAAGUGUCACCCAUAUAUGACUUAAAACAGGUCUGCAAAUCAAACCAUCCACUUUUUUUCUUCAGCCAUUUAAACAUGCAAUUUUUUUAUAAGUUUAGUUACGAUUAGAUCUUUAAAGAGUAUAUUAAAGUAAAGAAUGAUAUGUAUGAAUCAUAUUAUAGAACAUGUAGUACGAUUCAUGUAAUUUGUAUUAUUGCUUUCAAAACUUUAUGAUCAUGUGUCUUGAACUUGAUUAAAAUUAAUGGUGCCUUGCCUUCUA